AUGAAGAAUUUAUAAAACAAACUAUUGAUAAAUUAAAUUCUAGGCAGCAUUAAUAACUUAAAGAAAUUAAUUAAAUUAAUUUUAACAAUAAAUAUGUUAAAAAAGAAAUUAUAAAGAUUUUUGCAAGGAAAGAUCUCAUUAAAAUUUAAAAAGAUAAGUUUAAACAAAAAGAGUAGGACUUUAGCUUCUUAUUUUUAAAAAUUUAUUUUAAUUUAAAUGAUCCCAGCUUCUAAUUUAAAGUGUUAUCUAAAGAUGAGAUUUUGGUCUUCUUUUAGAUAUUAAAAUACAAGAAUGAUCUUAGAAAUAAUUUAGAUUAAAUGGAACAAUUAAUUUUUUUGCUUUUAUCAAAUAUCUUACUUAUGUAAUAUAAAUAGAUUAAAAGUCUGA